AUUGAGACAUGCAUUAGGUACCUAUUGUUACCGAUUUCAUUACCUGAAGCAAACCAUAUCUCACCUUCCUGUCAGGUAGACCAUUAUAGGCCCUCAGGUAUCAAUUAGAUGGAUUAUUUUCCUCUGCAGGACUUGGAUGAAUAGCAGAGACACUAUAGUUUACAGGCAAGGUUUGCAACUUUUCAGAGGAAGUUCAGCUCUAUUAUUUAAAACAUUUUGAAAAAAAUUAUGACUGUAUACAUCAUCUUUCCUUUGAAACACAACACUUUUUGUCAAGUUUAAUGGACCUCUGUAGUAAGUGAGGGGUAACUUAAAUAAGAGAAACGGGCACAGAGGUUGACUAACUUGUCACAUAUAACUUUUCAAGAUGUCAUUAUCAUUCUACACAUACUCUGCCCUCACAAGAAAAUUUUCUAAUUAUCAGUGAGUGACAAAAUGCCACGUAGUGACAGAACUGUAUGAUGAAACUCAAGACUCACCUUCUGGGAGCACUGAGUAGGUGUUGCGGAAAUUUACAAAGAUAUGAGAAGAUAAUAUAGAACUAUAUUCCCAAAUCACAUGACUUCAGUCUCUGGCAUCUUGGCCGGAGCGUUGUCUUUUACAAUUCACCUCUUAUGAAUUUUUUUUAUUUUCAAAUAAUAAUUGGCAGAUGUAUGAACCUAGACUGCCAAUACAUCAAAAAACAAAACAAAACAAAACCCGAUAUUCCUUUCAUAAGGAGUCCAUUCAUUCACCCAUCUUGUGACAGAAAGAGGAAUUAAGGCCAUUCCUUUUAAUUUACUCUGCAUCCCAGCUUUUAGAAUAUGGGAUGCAGAAUCAGUUGUAUUUGCCAAAGGCCAAAAUACCGUGAGACUUGGGCGAGUCAAGCAAUUACUGCCACUUGGCCUUUUUGCAGAAAUACACAAAACGUGUAGAAUCGCUUGAUUUUAUCCCCUCCUAGCUCUUCACUUGGAAAUUGGCUGCUCGGGCGAAUGUUGUUUUUCCCCGCAGCCAUGUGUCGAAGAGCGAUUAACACUCGCUCGACAAAACUGGUCCGCGAGCCAUUUGGGAGUUACACGCGUUCACACCCGGGAUUCAGCCCGGUGCGCCUUCACGCGCAGCCUUUUUGUUUACGCGGCUCGCAGGGCCGAGAGGGGCGGAGAGGGAGCGACCCUCUAAAUCCGCAGCAGGCCGCGGGGGCUAUAUAAGCUCGGGUCUCCGGCCGGUGGGUGGAACGGGCCAGGCCUGCGGUGAGCGGGCAGCGCCUUCGCCGGGCCCGCCGCGCCAUGGAGACCGCCGAGCGCUGGGGACUCGGAGCCAGCGAGGGCGCGCGCCGCCGCCGCCUGCUGCCCGCGGACCCGGCGGCCUCCGGAUCCGCAGGCUUCUGGAGACCGUGGGUUGACGCCCGAGCCGAGGAGGAGGAGGAGGAGGCGCCGCACCACGCCGCCGAGGCGAUGCCAGGUAGCCCCGGAAUGCCAGAAGCCUCAGGAAAGCUUUUCCGAUACAGGCACCCAGUCAGACUAUUUUGGCCAAAGUCAAAGUGUUAUGAUUACUUAUAUCAAGAAGCAGAAGCUCUUCUGAAAAAUUUUCCAAUUCAAGCCACAAUUUCAUUUUAUGAAGAUUCUGAUAGUGAAGAUGAAAUUGAGGAGCUGAUCUGUGAAAAUUAAUGUGACUAGUUACCUUUGAUGAUAUUAAAAACUUAUAGGAUUUAAAUUUGUGUACAAAUGUAUCAUAAUCCUUUUAAACUAAUUUAUUUGUAUAUAAAUUAUUAAUAAAAUGAAAUCUUUUGUAAUUAUUAUGAUAGUUUGGCCUUUAUUUGUCCCUACACUAUAGUUCAAUGUUGGAAUUUAAAAAUAGGUGCCAUUUACAAAUGCCUUGAUUGUAUUGAAUUUUGAUCUCCUCAUCAAAUUACAAACUUAUCAUUAGUUAUAAUUUUGCAAAUAUUUAGUCAUAACUUUGCAAAGAAUGACAGUACUUAAUUUUCAAGACUGAAUCUUGUAACAUUUAUUUCCUAUUGAUCCUCAUUAGAUGUUGUAGUUACACAUGAGUAUUGCCUUAUUAGAUAAUGAAGAAAAUUGCCUUAUGUUACCAAUCACACAUUAUUAUUAUGUAUUUGCUAGCAGAUCAUGAAAAACACUUUAGAUCAUUGUCUAUAAUUGAGAGUGGGAAUCAAUGUUAGGGCCAUUAAAUUUUAGGGAUUUUUAGUGAAUGAUGAGUCUGUAAUUCUCACUUUAAUCCUCCUUCGCUGUCCUUAAAUCCAGUAGUAAAACAGUGUGGGGGUUCAAUACUUACAACACUACAUCGAGGGGUCCCCAGAAUUAAAAUAAAAUGUUUAAAUGGACACGACUUACAUGGAGUCUAAAGAAAGGGGAGCCAAAAGGCCAGAAUUUGGUAGUGUUUUUCCAUUUCUGUCUAAGGGGAGCCCAGAAAUUUAGCAGAUAUGAAACGUUCUCCAGCAACAUCGCCUUCCUUUGCUCUGGUUCGCUGCUCCUGAUAUGCUCAUGUAAAAAUUUUCUCAGGGGGAGCGAAGUAAGAAAUUUUCAGUGAUUAGCAUAUUUAAGGUAGACAUAGAAAAAUUUUUUUAAUGAGAGGGAAAACAGGAGCACUUUGCAAGGUAGAGGUAACAUAGUAAACUAUGGUAAUGAAAUUCUUUUAGCAGAUACAGUCUUUUCACAAUACACAUUUCAAUUGCAAAUAAAAAUGUUCCUAUAAUAUUCCAGAAUGAUGAUGGGCAGAGGUGAAGGCAAGAGAUGGUUAUCUAGGUAAGAAAUGCCUUUUACUUGAAUGUCUACAUAUAUUCACACAUAUUUGCCUUCUACAUAUAUUUGCCUUCUAAUUGGAAAAAUAUUACAAAUGUUGAUUUACAGGCACUUUAAGGACAAGGCAAUUGAAAUAGAGCAAGUUCAAACCGUGUUUCAGAGUCAGGAAAAGUUAGUAAUGGAAGGGAUGGGGAGAGUUAUUUAAAAGUAUAUUUCUUCCCCUGAAAACUUUCUCCCUUCACUGGAUUCUACUCUCAGGAUGUGUGUGUUCCCCGAGGGAUGUGUGAAAACCCCACCAGGUCACCAAUCUGGACCUUGAGCAUUAGGGACUGAUGUUCAUCUGCACAGUGUUUGUGCUUCUCUCAAUAUGUUGGAAUAGUUUGAAGAGCCAUUUAAUGAGUGCUUACUAUUAACCAGGCACUGUACUAUGUAAUUUACGUAUGACAACUCAUUUAAUUCUUACUAAAACCUAAACCCAUUAUGCAGAUGGGGAAAAUGAGGCUUUGAGACACUAAAGAAACUUGCAUAAGGCUGCUCAUUUAUUAAUUUCAGGGAUGGCAUCCAAACUAAACUUAUCUGACUCUUAAACGUUCAACAUUACGAUUGGGGGCGGGAUACGUCAGUACACAAUUCCCUGUAUCUUUCAGGGAAGUCAGGGAGUUAGAUGAGGAGAAAGAAUUUGUGAGUGGGCGAAUGGAACUGAAGGAGAAUUUACCAACAUCUUUGACUCAUUCGUCAGUCAUUAGCGACGGUUUUUAAAGAUAAAGUUUUCUCUUCACCCCACAGGAGUGUCUGUUUGCAUUUGGCACCUUGGCUCUUAAAGGUUCAUUUUCCUAUACAGCUUGGUGUCUUAGUGGAGAGAGUUUCAGAGAAAUCAAAAUGCUUUGAUAGUUUAUUUUAUUCCAUACUUUAAGUAGUGUUAUGUUAGCGCUUAACAAUGGACAGACGCUUGUGUUCCAGGUUAAAAGGACUCUACAAGAAUUUGUUCUCAGAUUCGGUCAGCACCAAAGCUAAGGAACAGCUUCACUCUGUUUAUUCUUCCCACGGAAUAGCUGUCACCUCCUGGCGGUGCUGAAGUUCAUGGUGCGGGACUAACGGAGC